AUGGCAGAUGUCCCGAAAGGCGGCAGGAUCGUGCCUAUAAUCGCUCCUCGUCACAAUGAUCAUCCUGAAGGGAGCUUACAGGCGAUCAAUGACCCUAAGCACGAGAAGCCGCCGGAGCAGGGUCCCCAGGAAUCCCGCCGCCGGGGCCCUAAAAAUACACGCAGCAAGGCAGACACAGAAUGCUUGGAGCUUCCUAGUCUCACUCAGCUAGGGCUUUAUGCUCUUCCCACAGAGGGUGACGGCAACUGCCUCUACUACGCGCUAUCGGACCAAUUGUACGGGGACUUCAACCAUGCCGACCACAUCCGGACGCGCCUCGCAGAUCACAUCCAUGCCAACCGGGACUACUUCAUGAGCUUUAUAGCUGCCGCUGGUGGGGAGCGAAGAGCUCCUAGACGUGCGGCGGCUGAGGCUGCUCGAAACUCUUACUGCUCUUCCUCGUCCGCCAGCCCUGCCCCUCCGUCCACCAAAGAUAAAGAACGAAGUUUCGAUUCCCGAGUAGCAGAGUCGCGGAAGAAUGGCGUGUGGGGCGGAGCAGAGGAGAUACAGGCCUUUUGUCAGUCAUUCAAGAAGGAUGUGAACGUUUAUACUAUGUACGGAAUUCAGAACUUUCGCGACGUCCACGCUCCGGCGGACGAGGAAAGGGAAACCAUACACAUUGCCUUUCACGAUUUCCAUCACUACUCCUCUGUACGCCAUUGCGAAGGCCCUCAUACGGGCUUGCCGCGUAUCCCUAAAGCAGAACAAUCAGCACAAACCAGCACCGCACCUCCAGACGAAGGCGUGGUCAAUGUAGCUUCCCCGUGGAAAAUAUCAGCUAUCCAGGCAGGUCUCGGCGAUAAGUAUGACCGUGAAACUAUUGUUGAGGUACUCGAGCAGUGCCGAGGCAACAUAGACAAUGCAUUUCUGAACCUGCUUGGUGACGAUGUAAACACGCAACAACCCGAAGCCACCGCUUCCCGAGCAAUCAUGAAGUCGCGGUUUCAACCCUCUUCGCGCUCCUCAUCUCCCUUUAGCACUGGGAGCAAACGCUCAGCUGAUGAUACCGACGAAGAAGAAAACCCGCGGCCGGCUUCACGGCGCUCCCGAGUUCGCGAGCAAAAGCGUCGGAUCCUCCCAGAUGUUACAGUUGGGAUUGCAUUCCGAGAUGAUCAAAAUGACCUUGUCUCCUUGCGUCUUCGUGUGAGCCCCGAUAAGGCUGUUUCUAAGUCACCAGCCGAAACUGCUAGAGAGCUUACAGAAGCCAGCUCCACCGAAUCAUUUGAAGAAAGCUCAGCACUCGCGAAACAGGGUAGGAGAUUGAAGUCCAGGAACAAACAGACCGCAGAUAUCAGUGAAACCUCAAGCCAACAGAGUGAACCGAACACCAACGAGCAAAAACUACGCCGAAGUACACAUUAUACCAUCAUGGGGCGUUGA